GUUUGGCGCGUCAGAGCGAGAGAGGAUCCCGAGCAACACACACGCACCAAAACCUGUUCGCGGCGUUCGGGCAACGUGUAGCCUAUAUUCUCUGUACACGACUGCUUAACAUCUGUUUUGUUUUGUUUGUUUUUCCCCCCUAAUAUAUAUACAUGUAUAUCUCCAUUUAGCGUUUAUCAUUUUCAUGCGCAAUAUCAUUUGGAACAGUGCGUCUUUGGCGGUAUCAUAGUGGGAAAAGCAUUUUAAACACGAGCAAAUGGACUGCAACGAGGAACGGAGCUUCUCCAGAAAGGAUUCGCCUGCGCUACACUGAAAGUGAAGGAGAUGCUUAUGGGAACGUCCGAUUCCUUAUCUAUAAGGACAUCUGUGGCAGACGCUCCAUCAUGACCGAUGGCGAAGGGAGAGAGCGCUUUCAAUACCUGGAGAGUGGCGAGGUGAGAGUUCCGGUGGCGGUCUUGUACCGGGCGCACGGUCAUGGACAAGAUGCUGAGGAAGAGGAGAAAGGCAGCACAUGGGGCCCGGAUGGCUCUGAAGGCUCUAACAGCUCUGAUACUCGGGGUUCGGCUGAUGGUGGUGGUGAUGCCCCUGCUCCGGAUGGUGCGUCUGAGGAGCAGGAGCAGCAGCCGUACCCUGCGCUCGCGCCUGUCGUCUUUUUCUGCAUCAAACAGACCACGCGGCCGCGGAGCUGGUGCCUCCGGGUGGUUUGUAACCCCUGGUUCGAGCAUGUCAGCAUGCUGGUUAUACUUCUGAACUGUGUGACCCUGGGCAUGUUCCAGCCCUGCGAGGACGUCGAGUGCCAGUCUGAGUGGUGUGUCAUCCUCCAGGCAUUUGAUGACUGCAUCUUUGCCUUUUUCGCUGUGGAGAUGGUUAUCAAGAUGAUGGCUCUGGGGAUCUUUGGAUCUAAGUGUUACCUUGGAGACACUUGGAAUCGCCUGGACUUCUUCAUUGUCAUGGCUGGGAUGAUGGAGUACUCACUGGAUGGUCACAAUGCCAGCCUGUCAGCCAUCCGGACUGUGCGUGUACUCAGGCCUCUACGAGCCAUCAACAGAGUCCCUAGUAUGAGGAUACUGGUGACUCUGCUCCUAGAUACUCUGCCUAUGUUAGGCAAUGUCCUCCUGCUGUGUUUUUUUGUGUUCUUUAUAUUCGGCAUUGUUGGGGUGCAGCUUUGGGCUGGUCUUCUAAGGAACAGAUGUUUCCUGGACAACAACGCGAAGGAUCUGUAUAAUCUGUCCUUCAUGAGUCCAUAUUACAUGCAUGAGGACGGCGAGGAGAGCCCAUUUAUCUGCUCCACUAUAAUUAACGGCAUGCUCAAGUGCACCGACGUGCCCCAUUACAAGGAGGGUGAGAUGGAGUGCAAGCUAAAUGCAUCCCUUGGACACACCUUGUCUGGCCCUGAUACCAGGAACGGUUGCGUGAACUGGAACCAGUACUACAGUGUGUGCCAGCCCGGGGAGCUCAACCCUCACAAAGGGGCUGUGAAUUUUGACAAUAUUGGAUAUGCUUGGAUUGCUAUUUUCCAGGUUAUCACUCUGGAGGGAUGGGUAGACAUCAUGUAUUAUGUUAUGGAUGCCCAUUCCUUUUACAAUUUUAUAUAUUUUAUAUUGCUUAUUAUAGUGGGUUCUUUCUUCAUGAUCAAUUUGUGCCUGGUUGUGAUCGCAACCCAGUUCUCGGAAACUAAGCAGCGAGAGAACCAACUAAUGCAGGAGCAGCGCGCACGCUACAUGUCCAACGACAGCACACUGGCCAGCUACUCAGAGCCUGGCAGCUGUUACGAGGAGUUGCUCAGGUACAUUAGCCACUUGUACCGCAAGGUGAAGCGUCGCGCAUACCGGCUCUACCAUGGCUGGCAGAGCAAGCGCAGAAAGAAGGUCAACCCCAACAGCGGCGGCUUGCCAGGGGGUGGAGGGGCCAACGGGCAUGGGAGGCAGAAGAGUGGUGGGCACUGGGCGCGUUCUGUCCACAACCUCGUCCAGCACCACCAGCACCACCAUUGUCACCUCAGCAAUGGCAGCCCAAGCCCUCAGGCCAUAGCAGAGAGCGCCGAUGUUCCAGAAAUGAGGUUUAUCACGUCAGGGGUACAACUGACAGUGCCCCCCCAGUCACCUGCUGGGUUGGAUCUAUCACCAGGACACCAGUCAGUGCACAGCAUAUUUCAAGGUGACUUUCACGAGGCCCCACAGAUUUGCACAGCAACCACAGCUGGAGUGACUCCUCUGGGGAGACUUAAUGGGGGCAUGAACUAUCCUACAAUUUUGCCAUCCUUCAUCUGCAGCUAUACAGGCAGCAACGUCACAGCCAAAGGUAGAAUCGAGGCCAACAACAGCACUGCAGACAUUGUGGAUCCAUUUGAGAAGCUACAGCAUCUCACAGGAGAGCACAGUCACAGACGCUUGAUGCUGCAGAUGGCAGGGGUAGAGCCAACUUCCCUGCUCUUUGAGGUUCUCGGGUGUCCAUACUGUGCCCAGGCUCUGGAGAACAUUGAUCUGGACUUGGCUGACUCUGAAUGCUCCCAGUCUGAAGGCGAGGUGGUGCACGAGUUUUCCCGCAGAGCAAGGUUUAAACUCGGACAUUUGCAUCGCCACAAGAAGCUUGAGGAGCGCAACCGAUUGAUGCGCUACUGGGAGAACUUCAGAGACAGGAUGAAACGCAUAGUGGAUAGCAAGUACUUUAACCGUGGGAUUAUGAUCGCUAUCCUUAUCAACACCUUGAGCAUGGGAAUAGAGUAUCACCAGCAGCCUGAAGAACUGACAGAUGUUCUGGAGAUUAGCAAUAUUGUCUUCACCAGCAUGUUUGUCCUUGAGAUGAUCUUCAAGCUGAUGGCCUUUGGUAUCUUCGGCUACAUCAAAAACCCAUAUAAUAUCUUUGAUGGGAUCAUUGUUGUUAUAAGUGUAUGGGAGAUUAUUGGACAGGCUGAUGGGGGUCUUUCCGUGCUCAGGACCUUUCGUCUCUUGCGUGUGCUCAAGCUGGUGCGCUUCCUACCAGCUCUGCGGAGACAGCUGGUGGUCCUGAUGAAGACGAUGGAUAACGUGGCUACCUUCUGCAUGCUGCUCAUGCUCUUCAUCUUCACCUUCAGUAUUCUUGGAAUGCAUCUGUUUGGCUGCAAAUUCAGCCUGAAGUUGGAGAAUGGAGACACCAUCCCAGACAGGAAGAACUUUGACUCUCUGCUGUGGGCCAUCGUCACUGUGUUUCAGAUACUAACUCAAGAGGACUGGAAUGUGGUCCUCUAUAAUGGAAUGGCUUCCACCUCUCCACUGGCUGCACUUUACUUUGUGGCCCUAAUGAGCUUUGGGAAUUACGUCCUAUUUAAUCUUCUGGUAGCCAUCUUGGUGGAAGGCUUUCAAGCAGAGGGAGAUGCCACCAAGUCUGACGCAGAUGAGGAGAAGAGGUCAGUUAAUUUUGAAGAAGAGGAGAAGAUGGGAGAAUUACGUGCCACAGAAUUGAAGAUGUACUCUCUGAUGAUGUCUGCAAAUGGGCAUGUGGACUCUCGUGGUAAUUUGCCUCCACCGAUCAUCAUGCGCACAGCUGCCACUCCUAUGCCCACACCAAAGAGUUCCCUAGGCACAGACUCCAUCUUCAGUUUAGGGGAAUCAAGGCGUGGCAGUGGGAUUUCCAUUGAUCCGAUUGCUUACGAUCAGAGAUCACUGGCCAGCCCACGCAAAUCACCCUGCCACCCAUGUAGUUCAAGCAGUAACUGGGGCAGUCGCAGGUCGAGCUGGAACGGCCUGAGUCGAGCACCAAGUCUAAAGAGGAAAGAUACAUCUGGGGAAAGGGAGUCUCUGCUCUCAGGUGAUGGUAGAGGCAGCUUUGAGGAUGAGGAACCAGGGGGAAUCAUGCUGGGAAAUGCAGGAAGUGCCAGUGGUGGCUCUCUGCACCACCCCAGUUCUCUGGACUUUCCUGAGCUGCCCACACUCCCCAGCCUGUGCUCAUCAGGAGAAUACCACGACUGCAACGGCAGGGCAUUACACCUGUCCACAGAGCUGCCCUCUGAGCUGAGCCGCGAGGACUCCACCACAGAGGAGGAUCUAGAUGAUAGUUUCUGUUUUCGCCUGAAGAGGAUGCUGCAUGCGUAUAAACCCAAGUGGUGUAAAAGUCAUGAGGACUGGUCUCUCUAUAUUUUCUCUCCACGAAACAAGUUUCGGAUGUUCUGCCAGAGCAUCAUUUCACACAAGAUGUUUGACCAUGUGGUCUUAGUCUUUAUCUUCCUUAACUGCAUCACUAUUGCUCUGGAAAGGCCACACAUUCAGCCCAAUAGCUCAGAGCGACUGUUCCUCAGUAUUUCCAAUUAUGUAUUCACUGUGAUAUUUGUUGCUGAAAUGACUGUGAAGGUGGUGGCUCUUGGCUUCUAUUCAGGAAAGCAUAGUUAUCUGCAGAGCACCUGGAACAUGUUGGAUGGAAUGUUGGUGUUUGUUUCACUCAUUGACAUCUUGGUGUCCCUGGCAUCCACUGGAGGGAACAAGAUCUUUGGCAUCUUGAGGGUUCUACGUCUGCUAAGGACGCUGAGGCCUUUAAGAGUGAUCAGUCGCGCUCCUGGACUGAAGCUGGUGGUUGAAACAUUGAUAACGUCACUGAGGCCCAUCGGGAACAUAGUGCUGAUCUGCUGCGCAUUCUUCGUUGUCUUUGGCAUUCUCGGAGUGCAGCUCUUCAAAGGCAAAUUUUACCACUGUGAAGGCUUGGACACAAGAAACAUCACAAAUAAAUCAGAUUGCCUGCAAGCCAACUACAAAUGGAUUCGGAGAAAGUACAAUUUCGAUAAUUUGGGGCAGGCUCUCAUGUCGCUGUUCGUGCUGUCCUGUAAGGACGGCUGGGUGAAUAUUAUGUAUGAUGGCCUGGAUGCUGUAGGUGUGGACCAACAGCCGGUACGGAACCACAACCCCUGGAUGCUGCUUUACUUCAUCUCCUUCCUGCUGAUUGUGAGCUUCUUCGUGCUGAACAUGUUCGUGGGUGUGGUGGUGGAAAACUUCCACAAGUGUCGGCAGGACCAGGAAGAAGAGGAGGCGCGCCUGCGUGAGGAGAAGAGGCAGCGGUUGCUGGAGAAAAGGCGCAGGAAAGCACAGCAGAGGCCCUACUACGCAGAUUACUCACCAGCUCGGCUCUACAUCCACACACUGUGCACUAACCACUACCUGGACCUCUUUAUCACCUUCAUCAUCUGCAUCAACGUGGUCACCAUGUCCAUAGAGCACUACAACCAGCCCAUGUAUCUAGAGGAAGCGUUGAAGUACUGCAACUACGUCUUCACAGUCUUCUUCAUUUUAGAAGCCCUCCUCAAACUCGUCGCGUUUGGCUUCCGAAGAUUCUUCAAAGACAGGUGGAACCAGCUAGACCUGGCCAUUGUGCUUCUCUCCAUCAUGGGCAUCACGUUGGAGGAGAUCAAGAUGAACGCUGCUCUUCCGAUCAACCCCACUAUCAUCCGUAUCAUGAGGGUUUUGAGAAUCGCUCGAGUGCUGAAGCUUUUGAAGCUGGCUACAGGCAUGAGAGCAUUGCUGGACACUGUGAUGCAGGCUCUACCACAGGUUGGAAAUCUGGGCUUGCUGUUUAUGCUUCUCUUCUUCAUUUAUGCUGCACUCGGCGUAGAGCUUUUUGGGAAAUUGGAAUGCACUGACCAUAACCCAUGUGAAGGACUCAGUCGACAUGCCACAUUUGAGAACUUUGGAAUGGCCUUCCUAACCCUCUUCAGAGUUUCAACUGGUGACAAUUGGAAUGGUAUAAUGAAGGACACUUUAAGGGAGUGUACACCAGAAGAUAAACAAUGCCUGAGCUACCUGCCCUUGGUAUCCCCUAUAUACUUUGUCACCUUUGUGCUGAUGGCCCAGUUUGUGCUGGUGAAUGUGGUUGUGGCUGUGCUGAUGAAACACCUGGAGGAGAGCAAUAAGGAGGCCAAAGACGACGCCGAGAUGGACGCGGAGAUUGAGAUGGAGAUGGAAAUGGCUCGGCGUCUGAGUAACGUCUCAGCAAUGAGCUCUAGUGGUCCAGAGGGCAGGGGCACAUAUAUGGGGCCAAGGGCACAUUCACCUGGACAGGAUGAGCGAAUGCAGAGAACUCAGGAGAAUUUUCUAUCUCCAAGAAAGAUGUCAGUGUCCCGGAUGCAUUCUUUGCCUAAUGACAGUUACAUGUUUCGGCCGGUGAGGCCAGCCAGCGCACCGUACCCUCUGCAGGAAGUGGAGCCAGCUCAAGCAUACCUUGAAUUAGGCUCAGUGACCUCGAUCCACUCACAGCCUUGUGAAGGUCAUUCCUUGCUCCAGGUUCCUGGUGUUCAUCCUCAGCCCCAUAUUAGUAUUUGCAUGCCUAGGAUCCCCACUCCAAUGUCAUCUCCCCUGCAUGUUGUAGGCAGGCCUCUACGUAGACAGGAAGUUAUCAAGAAUGACUCAAUUGAUGUGCAAAUGUGUGACUCCAAAGGCAACCCAGACAAACAUAUUAGGAGUACAAGAGCCAGCGUGACUAUCCCAGUGCCGCGGAUCUCCUCCCCCAGUAGCCCCCUGGUGUCUCAUUUCCUACCCUCUUAUUGCCACAUGUCCAACGUCUGCACCCUGCAACACUCUCACCACCGGAGAAUUAUCUACUCACGACCGUCCAGCCGGGCCAGCAGCAGCCCCAGCGACUCCAUGUUGGACUCGGCCGACCCAGCCGAUGAGGAGGUGCACCAUAUCAACAGCUCCGCCAGGCUGUGGGCAGGAGUCCCAGCAGAGGGCCGGUGCCACUCUCUGUCCCCCUACAUCACACCUUGGCCGUUGCCUGUGAAGAACUGUACCAGUGCCACCAAUCUUACCGGCUACAGCACUAAAGACAAGGACUUUAAGUUCUUCAGCGUGGACACCAGGGGAUUUUUGGACAAGCCCUCCUGUUCUGAGGACCAUCGACGGCACUCCAUUGAGAUUUGCUCUUCAGUGGACAACAAUGCAUUCGAGCAGGAAGUUUGUGAAAAGAGGCAUCUGCCCAUUCGUGGACAAUCAUUGCACAUCCCCAGAAAGAAGAAGAUGAGUCCUCCUUGUAUCUCUGUUGACCCCCCGCUAGAAAUGGAGCUCCCGCCAUCCCUCGCGUCCAUGAAAAAACUGUCCGAGAGCACGCUACUGCGGCGAAGGACGCCAUCGUAUGAACUGGCCCUACAGCGUGACUCUCUAGACUUCCUGGAGCACCAACUCUCUAGUCAGCCUCUCAUCAAAGUGGAGAGGCAGCUCUCACACUGUGGCGAAUAUCUCUCUCUCCCACGGUUCCCCUUUCACAAGUCAGACUCCGGAUCCUGCAUCCUGCGUGAAAGCAACCCAUCCGCACAGCCCCCUCGCUUCGACAGUGCACUGGAGGAGUCCACAGAUUUCAGCACAGUAAACAGGACUGCUCAAUGAUAGAGAUGGAGAUGUUGAUGGUUUCAGACAGCAGCGUGGAAGUUAUUUCGGUAGUGGAGCAACAACCACUUAAUUCAAUAGCCAAAGUUUUUCUGAGAUGUAUAAUAUUAUGUAAGCCAGCCAGGAAUGGCAACUUUGAUACGAGUGUGUCCGGGCACGAUGGGAUAUGCAAUUUCAGGUUUCCAUAUGGAACUCUGGUUCUUAUCUUUUUCCCACUGCUCAAUCACAUUGAUUCGAGUUCAGGAUGUGUGAUGGGUUUUUCUUUUUCUUUUUUUAUUCCUUUCUCCAUCUUGUCAUUAAUAUUGCUGUUUCUGUAAAAGAAUACACAUGAUUAAAAAAAAAAUGGAUUUAAAGAAAACAUACAAGAACUGUAAAUGAUCUGAACUUUAUUAAAUCAUAUGUUGUACAUUGAAGAAAUAUUGUAUUGGUGAAGAAAAUAGAUCUAUUCAUAUGCACAUAUUUUUAUAGAGAUCUAUAAUGUUUUUGCACAUAUCAAUUUGAAAUUCAAGUUGAAAUGUCUUUUGUUGUCCUCUUGUGAAUGUAAAUUUUUUUAAAUCGAAUAGCAGUGCGAACAAUUAUAGUCUAUUUAGACCUACUGAUACUGAGAUGAUUUUUAUUUUUCUAUUGGGAAGCGGGGUAUGACAUAUUGAAGUAGAUCUAGCGACAACCAAACAUCAAAUGAUCUGUAGCCUGAGUGCAAUACACUGUAAAUGUUUAUGUAAGUUUACCCUGUUAGGUUGCUCGCAUUUUACACGUAAAACAUAGUAACGAGCAUCUCACCGACACCACCUUCUACCAUAAUCAAAUUCAUCUCAAUGUCUUAAGUACGAACUCACUCACAUAUUCAUUCAUGUAAUUUAAUAAUGGCAUUUUGUGACCCUUAGCUGUGGCACAGGCAGUGUGCAUGUGAAAGAUAUUAUAAAUAACUAGGCAAGCGUUCUCUUUUUUGUUUUUUCCUCAUUAUCCUCAAACAUUUGUCUUAUGGAAAAAGCCAGAGUGUUUUCUGACAGGGUUGAUUUUAGCAUAAACAUGAUCUGGUUUAUCUUUCAGCUUUGAUAUGGUUCCUCUAGAUUUGUAUUCAGUAAAGAGACCUUUAUAUGAUAAAAGCUGAAUAUGGGUGAUUCUACAGCUAUGGGCACUUUUACCUAUAAAUAUAGAGUUAUUUAAAAAGUUCUGGUCUGGAAUAGCUGAUACAGAGUCGGUGAGGUCCCUGGUUUCACCUUCACUUUCAAUUUCACCUUCAGUAGGAGACAGGAGCUUACUUUCAUGCUCAAGAAACCUCCUACAACUGCCAUGUGGGAUAUCAGUGUUAUUCAAGAGCUUUUUUGGUGUAGAACAAAAUUAAUUAGAGACGGCGUGAUGGCACUUUUUCCUUUAUGAUAAUGAUUCUGAAACCUGGAUGAUCAGCCAAUCCCCAUGCGAUACUGCUUUCUUUUAAAUCUGCUGUGCUUUAAAGUGGGUUUUUUUUUCCUUCUUUCAAUUCACAGUUAAACUCUUUCACAUAAAACCACUUUACACCGUCAAUAUAAUAAAAUGCAAAGACUAUAUAUAAAUCAACCCUAAAAACAAUUGACAUGUAAACAUUUUCAGUAAUUUUCUUUUAAUUGUUUUCCAAAUCCAAUUCCAAUCCUCGCUACAGGUUCGAAUAUCCGAUUGUUCGAUGGCAUCAGCCUGAUUUGGAUGGGUGUUGGAUUUGCACCAUCUCUAAAAAAAAUAUGAGUCCAAAUUCUGAAUGAUAUACUGACUGAUAUGUUUAUAUACUGAUGUAUUGACUUAUAUACUAACUGAUGUGUUGAAAUAAUGACUGAUAUACUGACUGAUGUACUGACUAAUAUACUGAUAUAUUGACCAAUGUAUUCACUAAUAUACUGACUAUUAUACUGAUAUACUGACUGAUUAAUUGACUAAUACACUGACUAAUAUACUGAUGUACUGAAUGAUAUAUUGACUUAUAUACUGAUAAACUGACUGAUAUACUGUCUAAUAUACUGAUCGAUAUACUGACCGAUGUAUUGACUAAUAUACUGACUGAUAUACUGACUGAUAUACUGACUGAUGUACUGACUAAUAUACUGACUAAUAUACUGACUGAUAUACUGACUGAUAUACUGACUGAUGUAUUGACUAAUAUACUGACUAAUAUACUGACUGAUAUACUGACUGAUGUAUUGACUAAUAUACUGACUGAUAUACUGACUGAUAUACUGACUGAUGUAUUGACUAAUAUACUGACUAAUAUACUGACUGAUAUACUGACUGAUAUACUGACUGAUAUACUGACUGAUAUACUGACUGAUAUACUGACUGGUAUUCUGGUAUACUGAUAUGCUGAGUGAUGUUCUGAUAUACUGAUCUACUGACAGAUUGGAAAUAACUAACAGUCACCACACAAGUGAUCUUGUUUGAAAUUAACAAAAGCAAAUUAUACAAAUAAAUUAGCUUUAUAUACAACACUUAUUAUUCGAUAUUAUAAAUAUCUAAUUGAUCAAUUAAUAUACAUAAAUAUUGGAUUUGAAAUUCUAGAUAAUGAACUAUGAUAUUAAUUGAGCAGGUAAUAUGAUAUUUGUCCCCAGAGCUGAUACCGAAACCUAGAAACCUUUAUCAUACUACUUUCAUAAAGCUGAACCGUUUUUUAUAUCAUAUUUUGUAUUAUUCUAAGGAAAUAUAUGCUGUUGGUGUUUGGUGUGUUGAUAAUAGCAAGAAAUUUCAGUAAUAAUACAGUAGAGAUAUACUAUCUGGACAAUACCUCUGGUAUAUCUUCAAAUGUUAAAUAUUUAAUGUAACUUAUUGUAAUUUAUUCAUAUGAUAACAGGUAUCAGAGGUAAGGUUUAACACAAGAUUGUAAUGAUGUACAAACUCUUUAAGGACGCUCCUAUAACAGCUGCAGAAGCAUUUUGAUUUAUUUUAUUUAUUUCUGGCUGAUGAAUUCAUGCACAAAUCGAAGGGACUUGAAAGUGCCCAUUGUGAGAGAAACACCCAUCCAGACCAUGUAUUUGAGAUACUCACCUAAUUUAUUCUGUCUAAUUAUGAAACAUUCGACUCUGCUCAUUCCCACACUUAUUUCUCUCCAAUUUCAUGAACAUAUGAAAGACAAAUAACGGAUCCUUAACGAUGCUUUUGACCACUGUUUUCUCAAUUUUUUGAAUCCUGAAUUGAUUCAGAAAGUGAAACUAUUGCAUGUUAUUGGAAAAAAUACAUGAAUGUUUUUGAGGUUUUUUGAUAUUUGAGCUUUAAUUUGUAGAAUAACUACCUGCACUGGACUGCAACUGGCCGUCUGGGUUUUCUCCUCUUUGUAGAUCAACUUAUUCAUUGUCUAAUGCAAUAUUUUAUCUGUAUCUUUGUGAUCAUAGCUCAAGCAACUUAGGUGUAAGCAAAAAUCAUGGCUGGUAGAAUAUUUUAAUGGCAUUUAAUGGCAUAUUUAAAUACUGGACAAUUAAUGUUCAGUCGAUUUACAUGGCUCUGAAAAUGGUAUCUUUUAUUUUUUAUUUUUACCAGCACCAUGACUUUUGAAGAAGAAAAAAAAAAUGAAGAAAAAAAAACAAGAAGAAGAAGAGAUUUUUUAAAAGAAAUGAACGAACAAACGAGUAAAGGAUUUGGUGUGUACAUGCUUCAGUUAUUUGAAUCACUUUGGUGAUAUGGAAACUACAGCUUUCACAAUCAAGCAAACCUAUUAUCCUUAAAUAAUUAAUCUAAGCAUUCUCUUCAUUCUUUCGUGGAAGAAAGUUGAGGUUUUUUUCUUCUUUAUUUCUUAAAGCAAAUUGUUUGCAAUAAUUUUGUCUUGAGUUCUUUGAUAUGGCUCAGAUGUAAUGCAAGGGAGGUAUUUAAAUGGCUAUACAAUUUCUACACUGUAUUAUAACUUUUUAUUGUGCAAUGAUCUGAGCGGUACUCUCUGUCAUCAAGAUAAACAUUUUUAUC